AUGGCCUCGGAUCCGAAGCGAGAAAAGAUUGGCGACCAAUCGUUAUCAGACCAUGCCGAGACCGAUUACGCUCACUUGGACCAUCCAGGACGACCGUCCGAGGCCACGGCGGUUGAUGAGGAAGAGCGAAAGCGUCUAGAGGCUUCGCGCAAGCUGGAGAACCCUCUUGCCGGCUUCACGCCCGAACAGUUGAGUCGAAAAGGCGAGGACUACUGUCAACAACAUGGCAUUACCGACCAAGAAGACAUUCGGGCUUUUCGCCUUGGCGCCAUGAUCGCUGGAAAUAUGAACAAGUACGAUAGCAUGACGGAGAUCACUGCCGAUGAACGAGCAGUGCUUGACGGCGAGUCUACUCACAAGUGGCGGAACCCCAAGAUGCUCUAUGGCGUUGUUGCCGUUUGUUCAUUCUGCGCCGUCGUCCAGGGUAUGGACGAGACUGUUGUCAAUGGCGCCCAGUCCUUCUACAAAAAGCAGUUCGGCAUCGGAGGAGAGACUGAGCGAGACACCUGGCUCCUUGGCCUGACAAACUCUGCUCCAUAUCUCUGCUGCGCCGUCAUCGGUUGCUGGCUUACAGAACCUAUGAACAAGCGGUUCGGCCGCCGUGGUACCGUCUUUAUCUCCUGUUUCAUCUCUGCCCUCGCCUGUUUCUGGCAGGCUUUCACCAAUACUUGGUGGCAUAUGUUCAUCGCUCGUUUCUUCCUCGGUUUCGGCAUUGGACCCAAGUCUGCCACCACUCCCAUCUUCGCCGCCGAAUGUGCGCCUCCUCGCCUGCGUGGCGCCCUCGUUAUGCAAUGGCAACUUUGGACAGCCUUUGGCAUUAUGAUGGGAUACGUUGCCGAUUUGGCUUUCUACUACGUGCCUGACAGAGGUGGUAUUGUCGGCCUUAACUGGAGGCUGAUGAUGGGCAGCGCCAUGCUACCUGCUGUUUUUGUCUGCGCAUGCUGCUACAUGUGUCCCGAGUCCCCUAGAUGGUACCUGACCAAGAACCGCCACUCCGACGCCUACAAAUCCAUGUGUCAGUUACGCUUCAAGAAGGUACAGGCUGCCCGCGAUCUCUUCUAUGCCAAUGCCCUUCUACAAGCCGAGAAGGAGACACAAGGCAUCGGUAAACACAACCGUUUCCUAGAGUUUAUUACGGUACGCCGUAAUAGAAACGGCAUGAUUGCGAGUGAGGUUGUCAUGUUUAUGCAACAAUUUUACUUGAAGGAAGGAAGGGAUCGGAUGUGA